AUGGAUACAAACAGUGAAUAUAUUACGAGCGUAUCCGAUGAAUCUUCAUCGGACGACGAAAUAAUUCAUAUAUCAUCCACGAUAAGGCGGCGGCGAAUUCAAUCGGAUACCGAAAWUGAAACAGAUCUCAAAAAUGAAGAUGAGUGUAAUAUAGAUGAUCACGAAUGGUCACGUAAUAUAACACGAACGGCGGGAAAUGUAAUUCCAUUUGUGAAAUCCACAACUGCUCUACAUAUCGAGGGUAAUAUGGCACAUAACUUUUACUUUGCUUUUGUUACGGAAGAAAUUCUAGAAUUAAWUGUUGAUGAGACCAAUAGAUACGCUGAACAAUAUAUGCAAAAUAGGAGAUCCUCCCGUUUAGAUAAAUGGACACCAACCAAUAAGAAUGAAAUAAAACGCCUUUUUGGGCUCCUGAUAUGGAUGGGCCUGGUGAAAUUACCGAAAUAUGACGCAUAUUGGUGUACCAGUCAAACCUACUUCCAAUCAUUUCCGAGAACAGUUAUGUCGAGAAAUAGSUUCGAGUUGCUGCUACGAUUCCUUCAUUUUACCGACAAUCAAACAGCAAACGUAAAAGAUAGGCUGUAUAARAUAAGACAACUUGUUAACAUACUAAAUSAAAAUUUUUCUAAAUACUAUGAUUUAGAUGAAGAGAUAUGUAUCGAUGAGUCUUUGGUACCUUUCCGGGGACGUAUAAAAUUUAGGCAGUUUAUAAAACAAAAACGACAUAAAUACGGCUUUAAAGUCUUCAAAAUAUGUUCCGGCCGAGGAUAUAUAUACCGAUUUCAAAUAUAUUUGGGAAAAAACCCAAAUGAACCAUGCGUAACACCCACAAGUGUUGUUAUGAAUCUGUGCAACAAUAUUCUACAUAGGGGCCACACGAUUUACACGGAUAACUGGUACAGUAGUAUCAAUUUGGCCGAAAAAUUACUCGAUUGCAAUACUCAUUUAGUUGGAACCCUAAGGAAAGAUAGAAAGGGAAUACCUAUUGACGUCAAAUUUAAAAAAUUAAAACGCGGUGAACUUGUCGCAAUGCAAAAUAAGAAGGGGAUUAUGAUACUCAAAUGGAAGAAUAGCGUGACAUUUUUAUGA